GUCCCCGUUGUCCAUCCCCGUCAUCCCCAUCGUCCCACCAUCUCCCACCAUCCCUGUCGCCCCCGUUAUCGUCCCCAUCGUCCCCAUCAUCUUCAUCAUCUACAUCACCCCUGUCAUCCCCAUCACUGCUAUUGUCCACAUCACCCCCGUCGUCCCCAUCAUCCCUGUCACCCCCAUCGUCCCCAUC